UUCUGUUGUGAUUCGAAGCUGAAAUUUCGUCUUUGUUGGCUGUGUGAGCAAAAUCCACAUUCUUCUUCCUCGCACGGUAAGUGUCUCAAAUCGUUAUUGCUCAUUCAAUUGUUCUUCUAUUGUGUUUUUUGCCUUUCGAUUUCAUUGUUUCCGACCCCCAAAAAUCCAAUUUUGAGUGGAAUCCGCAAUGGGAAUUGCGUUGUUGUGGAAUCUUCAAAACCUAUGGCCCUUUUCGGCAUUGAGAAGCGACGAACUGAGAGCUUCGAAGCAAUUAGUGAACAAAUUGAGGAUACCAGAGCACACAAAGCAAUUUGUUUUGGCAGUGCGUGACCCUGAAACCCAAUCCCUAAUUUACAUACUCUCCGCUGUGAAUUUAUCUGAGCGAUCAGCCUCUGAUGCAGAGUGUCUCAUUAGGGAGAUUAGACCUGACGCUGUUGUUGUUCAGGCGGGUCUUUCUCCCUUCACGCAGAUUCAGUCUGAAGAAGAAAACACUCGCUCUGAUAAACCACUACCAACUUCUUCCUUUGGGGUAAUCAAACGUUGUUUUGUUGAUAAAAUUGGUAGGGAUAUGUAUGAGAGUGUUGCUGGAAACUUUGUGCUGAGGGAGAUUUUUGGGACCAGUUUUCAUGGCCACUUGUUGGCGGCCAAGAAGGCUGCUGAGGAUGUAGGAUCGUCGUUCCUUGUGAUUGAGUCGCCUGUAGGGAACUCUGGUUGGGGUGUUGAUGCGGGAAGCGGUUUUCAAAGUCUUGUUAGUAGUUUGGUUCCUAGGCAGCAAGGUGCUUCUUUGGCCUCUAUGACUUUGGAAAGGUUUUCUCUCAAUAAUGAUGUCCGGGUGCUGCUGGGAAAAGCUUUAUCUGGUUAUAUGGAUCCCCUAUUGCUUAGUAACACUAGUUCUGUUUCGGAGGGGGGUUCAGUGGAAAUUCAGCCGGCAACUAGUUAUGAGACCCCGGCUUUUGCCAAGUCUAUCUAUCCUUUACUUGAGGACUUGCAUAGUAUAUUUAGUGAUCUUCCCUCGAUAGGGAAGGCGCUGGCACAUUUGCAAAAGAUGCUAUUGGAUGUAAACAGAGGUGAGGUUCUUGACACGAGAACUGUUUCUGAGGUCUAUACUUUCCGAAUUGCUGUUGAGGGGCUUAGAAUAGCUCUAAAUAAUAGGGGGUUACAACCAAUUGACAGGAAAGGCAUUCCCAAGUCAGAUAAGAUUGAGUUCUCAGAGCUUCCGGUUGAAGACAAGUCACACGUGCUCUUUGCACAGGCCAUCCAGAGUCAGACUGAUAAGUUUAAGACCAUUGUGGCAGUCGUAGAUGCCGGUGCCUUGGCAGGUCUUAGGAAACACUGGGAUACUCCUCUUUCUGGUGAAGUCAAAGAGCUGGUUGGACAACUAAUCACAAAUUCUGAAGGUAAAAGGGUUGUUUUAAAUCAUAGUGACAGGAAGCGGUUGUUAACAGAUAAACCUGUGGUGGCAGUAGGGGCUGGAGCUACUGCAGUUUUAGGAGCUUCAUCCUUGACCAAAGUAGUCCCUGCAUCAACGCUGAUGAAGGCUGUUACUUUCAAAAUUCCAGCUUCACUAAAAAUUGUUCUCAGCCAGAUGCAGAGAACACUGGCUUUUGCUGUUGGCCCAUCUAAAGUUGUGGGUCCAGGGUUUGCAACUUCAGGAGCCAAAACGUCUGGUGUCCUGAAGGCAGCUGUAUCUGCUGAAAAGAUUCGAGCCGUUGCUCACAGUGUUAUAGCCUCUGCUGAAAAAACCAGUAUUUCAGCUAUGAGAACAGCAUUCUAUGAAAUAAUGAGGAAGCGAAAGGUGCAACCUGUUGGGUUCUUGCCUUGGGCUACCUUUGCAGGAAGUGUUGGAACUUGCACGGGCUUGCUUUUGUAUGGUGAUGGGAUUGAGUGUGCUGUUGAAUCUCUCCCUGCAGCCCGCUCAAUUGCUAGUUUGGGUCGUGGGAUUCAAAAUCUACAUGAGGCAUCUCAAGUAGUGAUGCAAACAGAAGGAACUAGAAUCCAAACAGCAAUAGAAUCUCUAGUAAACAGAAUAAAGAAGGCAAGGGAUCGAUAGAGAAAGAGUGUAAUUCUUUUUGCUGUACAGUUGUCAUUUUAUUCAUAAAGUGAUGAAAACCUGAUUGGUAAGAAUUCAAGAAAUAUUUCUGUACAUAUAUUUCUGUUACAGAAUGUUCUUAUUUUAUGGUGACCAACCUUAUAUUACUAUGAA